AUGUCGGACCCGAAGAUCCAAGAACUUCUCACCAAGCCCCGCAACGAACUGACGGAAUACGAGAUUGCCCAGCUCGAGGAACAUGAGUUCAGCGCCGGACCCCUCUCCAUCCUCCAGACCGCCGUCCGCUCCCACACCCAAGUCCUGAUCUCGAUCCGGAACAACCGCAAGCUUCUGGCGCGUGUGAAGGCUUUUGACCGUCACUGCAACAUGGUCCUAGAGAACGUUAAAGAAAUGUGGACAGAAACCCCCCGGUCAGCAGACGGCAAGAAGGGAAGGCCCGUGAACAAGGACAGAUUUAUCAGCAAGCUUUUCCUACGAGGUGACAGCGUAAUCUUGGUACUCCUCAGCUGA